CUCAAACUUGAAUGCCAGCUCUUUGGAAAGGCCUUCUGCUCAAGACGUUGGCGCUAGAACGACGCAUCACUUUUUACUCUAAAAGUCUCCAAGACGCCUUUAAAGGGGAAUUUCCCUGCCCGUAAAAGCUGGCGCGCUGCAAUUGGUCUUCUAGGUAUCAUUCAGCAGCUGUUCAGCAUUUGUCGGACCUGUCAGUCCGCUCCUGGACAUUCAUCCUCACUCAAACAUUCUCCUUAGUUGGGCUUACUUCUUCUUGGAGCGCUGCAGCUCAUAUCUCACACUGAGGGAACAGGCUGCAAUGCGUGGCUGAACUAGAUUGCAGCAUGCUGUAAUACUUCUAUCUUCUAAAGAAUAAUUUCAAGGAAGCAAGCUCUCUUGCCACUGAUCAACCACCGCUGCCAGCAGCUGAAGAAGCCCUCUCAACUACCUGAACCACCAGAUACCAGUCGUCAAAUACUUACCAAUGCCGCGCCACCGCGCAACUCCCGGCCCGACGUCCAACACCCGCACGGGGGGCCGGAAAGGCACCAUGCCUGAGCCCCCCGCUGACCUCCCCAAGGAAGAAGAGCCUCAACCCACUGAUGAGGAACAACCUGCAGACACCAAAGAGGACAACGCAAACGGCAAGAGGUCGGCUGAGGGGGAGGCGUCGGGGGGAACUAUGGUGGGGUUGAAGCGGCAGAAGAUGGCGAGUGGGCGGCAUGGGCUGGUGGUGGUGCCCAGGAUUCCGUACCAGUACUUUGUCACCAAGGGGUUUGGGGACACUGACGAGGGCGCUGGGAGUGAUCCAUACGAGACGGGCUCAUAUGACAUGGCGCUUGAGAUGGCUAAGAUCCACCAGUUCAACAUAUUACAGUACACAUCGGUUCUGCCCCCGGAAGCACAUGAGACGCCCCUUGAAAAUGCAGAGCCUAACUUCAUGCAUGGUGCCGUUUUGGAGACCAUCAUGUCCGUGAUGCAUGGAACCAAGGGCGACCGGAUCUGCGCCGGCAUUGGCCGAAUCCAUGUGCGGCGCAAGAAGGACAAGUUCGUCAUUGGAGGCUACGCUGCAGAGUACAAGGGCCACGCGUGCGCAGCCGACGCGACCAAGUCCCUCCAGGACGACUUGCGUGGGAUCGUCGAGCGGCGGUACGACACCAACGAGUAUGAGAGUUUCGGAGAGGACUACACCGUGCAAGAGCACGAAGUUAAGAAGGGCUACGGAACUGUGCUGGCUGCCAUCUGCUUCACAUCCUACAUCAUGCCGGAGAUCGUCUAGAGCCGAGAUUGGCAGUUGUACCACGCGAUCCGACAGAGACUGCGGCCACUGCCCAGCUCGUACCACCGCAGGAGGUGCUGACUGCUUAACAGCCGGGGCAGAUACGGUGGCAAGUUUCUGGGAGAACGCGGCUAGCAAUGUCCGUCCCCGCCUCAGUUUUGUAGGGCCAGAUAGCUGCAGAGACUGUUGUGAUAGAUCGAGGAACCGAGUGUGACCUUAGUUACCGUGAUCGGAUUGAAAUCUUGUAGAAUAGUAUGCCCGCGUGCGAUUCUGUAAGGGGUGACUGUAUCUGACGUAUGUGCUCCGAAAAGUUGCACAUGCAUGCAUGCUAUGGACUCCGGAA